AUGUCCAAACAUCAGAGCAAUCGCUUCCAACCAGCCGCCAGGGCCUCAUCCGGAGAGCAAGCGUCUCAUGCGGACCCUCACCCCCCUGCCAGUCCCGCCAGCAGUGAUCUGACAGUUUUAUCUGAAAAAUGUCCGUCACCCAGGACAGCAAUGACGCACUUGUCAGAUAUUAUGGAGAGCGGAGUCACGUCAAACCAUCGGUCCUCGUUGACUGCCGCUGGGAAGCGAAAGGCCGAGAGUUCUGCAACACAUUCCCAACCCCCCCAAAAAGUGCCCAGGCUGAGUCAAAAUCGUGAUCAACUCACGGACGUCGCUGAGGGAUCGAAUGCCCGUCGGUCCACCUCCACUGCCGCUGGGAAGCGAAAGGCCGAGAAUUUGCCCAGGCUGCGUCAAAACCAUGCUCGGGUCACGAACGUUGCUGAGCAAUUGGAUGAGAGACUCGACGCUUGGGAAAAGCAACUUCUUGCUCUGCGCGCGCACAUCGUUAAUCAGCAAUUUCCGACGUCUAACGCCAGAGGCUUCACGCCGCAUGGAGGAACGAGUGAACCAAUAUCUUCACUUGGCAAACAGAUCACCGCUGGCGGCCGUAGCUCCGAAGUCCAACUGUGCCCUUACAAGGCAAACGUUCUGAAGUAUGUAUUGUCAUCCGAUUGGCUUCUCCGGAAUGUCGUCGCCCUCAAUUAUGACGACAAUCCCCGGGCGAUUGUGCUGUUGAAACUUUCGCAAGAAUUAAAUUCGAACCAGUUUUCCGGGGUCACUAGUACGAUUUUCAAGUACUCCGAUGCUUUGGGGGGCUUCAACCCAUACGAAAGACAGUUGUUUCUUUUGGGUCCCCAAAUCGGUCCAAGCACCUAUGAAGACACGCUCUUCCGACUCAAAUCGCUGGAGCAAACCUUAGUUCAAGAUUUUAUCUCGCGCAUGGGGCCAACUAGCUUGUUAGACGCUCAAGAUUUUCAAACCCGAGUCAACCAAAUCAUCACCACCAACACAGAAUAUCAGAGACUUCAAUCCGAUCUCUUGACAAUGCGCACACUGAGGUCACGAGGCCAAGCCAUUUUACGAGUUACACAAACCCCCGCGGGGAGCGCACUCUGCUAUCCAAUCGAUGUCAAGGAAGCUCAUCAAUCGCUUUCAAUUCCGGUGACGCAGCUCGGCUCAAUUCCUGCCAACGGGCAAGCUUUGUCCGAUUUAUCCAGUGACUUUUCUGAUUUAUCCAGUCACUCCACCGAACGUCCAGCUGUUAGGGAAGGCUCCCUCAUGAUUGAUGCCACCCUUGAUGGCUCCGAAGCGCAAUAUGUCAAUGCUACAGCCAAUGAAACCCAGCCUUCCCAUCAUUCGCCUUUGGCAACGGAUUUUGGCCUGCAAGUUCCACCUCCCGUUCCUUCGUCGCCCCUUUGGACACCUACCUCGCCUCUUUGGCCUCCAUUUAACAUGUCUCUGCCUGAUUCUGUGCACUCCACACCAUCCCCACCUUCAAGACCAGUCAAUCCUGCAAGCCCAGCCCAACCCGACGCUUCUCCUUUGGAUACAAACGUUGACCGAACCUUGGACAAUGCAAAUUUGCGCGCCCCCGCGAUCACUGAAUUUCCCCCCUCCAUCCGUUUUGGUCAAUCCGCCAGCGCCCCCCCUGCAGCGCAAUCUUCCCCAGCCUCAUCACUCAUAUCUGAUAUCAUCACUUCAGUCCUGGCUGGUCAACCGAAAAGAAGAGCGUCUGACGGCUCGGAACACCCUCUUCAUAAACGAAUCAAACACUGA